AACGAAAGACGCUACGUCAGAGCAUUGUUUACGUUCUGCAGGAAGAAUAAUGUCGGUGACGGAGACAGAUCCCCCUUUUCGGGCGAUGGUGAGAGCAAGUGGUUUGGGUGAAGUAUGGACUCACAGCACGGAGAGUAGUAAGUUUAAUCAGUUUGGAUGGAGGUGCACAAAUAAAGAGAAUUCCUUCUCUAACGACACUCUGAUUGGAAACUGGAAUGAGGAAAGGUUCGAUAACAAUAUAUCGAGACAGGCUCAAAGAAUACCGGGCCAGCACGAGCACUAUUUUCAGUCAACAUACGGCGUUGGUUACAAUAAAUCACCACCAUAUGAAGUUCCUAAGGAAUUAGUUCAUUUAAAAGAGAGGCAUUCUCAUGCCUUUCCGGGACAUCAGCCUGAGAUAGACAAUGGAAGGCUAAAGUCAGUGUAUAACAGCUGGGAGACCACCACACGCUCCUCCUAUGUAGACCCCAAGAUCCGCCAACAGCCACUUCAGAACCCAACCAGCUAGUUUAUCCAUGGGGGUCACCCGGGUCAGGAGUUAUGGAUGAAUUUUAUGCUAAUGAAUAUUGAAGUUUAUUGAUAUCCAAUAUCUGUCUCUGAGUUUUCAAUAUCAAUUUUACAUGUAAUAUAGAUUUUUUUAAAAUCAAAUAUUGUAUGAUAAUAUGAUGUAAUCAUGUCAUGAUUUUCCAAUACAGUAUUGCAACAGUAUUAAUUAAGAUUGCACUGUGUUAAGAGCUUUUCAUAUUUUUCAGUAUUAUUGGAACUGCAUAAUUCCCUCUAGUGUUUUGCUUUCUGCUCACUACAAUGCUCACACUGUUUUAUUUUAGCUAGGAUUUCAUUAAGGGGUGAAAAUUGAUGUUUUCAUCUUUUCCUUUUUAUUUGUUGAUAAUAAGAGAUUGUUUCUAGUAAUUAUAUUAUUUAAACAGAUUUUUAUCUUAUAUAUUCUUUGUAUUUUUGUUAUCAAAUUUAUUAAAAAUAUAUCUAACAAGGAAAAA